AUGACCAUCUCCAAAGCCCUACAGGGCCUGAAACGGUUCACCACCUGCGAUAUUGGUGAUGCGCUCGUCAAGCUCAAGCACCCAUACGGCGGGUUCCUGGACGGCCUCCAGAUGUUCUCGCCGGGCAGUGGAACCAGCAUAUACGGACCAGCCAUCACAGUGAAGAUGGUCGAGACUAACAGUCCCGGUCCGACACCUCCACUUCACUUUGCAGACGCAAACAAACCAGGCCACAUCAUGUACAUCCAACAGCCCAAAAAGCUCCCUUCCGCGUGCUGGGGCGGCCUGAUGUCGACCAGGGCGCAGAAACUUGGAAGUCUAGGUACCAUUAUUGAUGGUCGCAUGAGGGACACCCAGGAGCAUAUCGAUAUGAAGUACCCCGUCUUCGCCCGCAGCACGGCCGUUCUUGGAUCGAAUGGAUUUACUCGUGCGUCUGAGAUCAAUGUCCCGCUGCAGUUCAAGGGUGAUCUUUGGGUUUACCCGGAGGAUAUCCUCGUGGGCGACGAGAAUGGUGUUGUGGUUGUACCACCGACACUGAUGGAGCAGGUUGUUGAGCUUUGUCAGGAGCGCUUUGAUAUUGACGAGAAGACUAUGGAGGCUCUUCGAGCUGGUGAAGCUAUGGGCCCGACGAUCAAGCGACUGCGCAAAUAG